AUGUAUCUGUCUAUCUAUCUAUCUAUCUCAGUCUGUUCAUAUCUAUCUAUCUAUCUAUCUAUCUAUCUAUCUAUCUAUCUAUCUAUCUAUCUUAGGUUGUUCAUUAUCUAUCUAUCUAUCUAUCUAUCUAUCUAUCUAAGUCUGUUCAUAUCUAUCUAUAUAUCUAUCUAUGCCCGUUUGUCUAUUUGUCUGUCUUUGUUUUUUCUUAUUCUUCCUACGCAUUCUCUUCUCAGUAUCUCUCUCUCUCUUUCAUUUAUCACCCUUUUCUUCUCUUGUUCUUUUCUUUCUGUCUUUUUUAUCUUCUUUUUUAAAAGGAAACAGUAUCCUGUCUCGCAGAACAAUGGGACAGCUAUCGAGAAUAUUGUCGGUGUGUCCAAAACGUUAUACGAAACACGUCGUCUUUACGCUUUUCGUCCAUACGUUACUGAUUCUUCUUUAAUGUACCCCACUGGCAAGACAAAAGAUGCGCGUCGUCUUUCCAUUAAUUCUCUUCAAGUGCUUAACUAG